AGAGACUAAACGCAGACCAGACGUUUCUGUCAAUGGGAUUAAACGGAGAGGAGAAGGUGACUAGCUCUUCUUUCCCAAAUUCAUCACAGACCUAAACCCUUGCUUUUGCGGAGACGAACUCUCCUUUCCCAAAUCACUUCUCUCGUGGAGACUCGAAGAUCCAAACCCUCGCGUUCACCGAUCUGCUUCUCGUCCUCCACCUCAUGUCUCUCUCUGAGUUCGACUCGGUCUUGACUCUUGAGUGACAUCGAAAGGUCUUCAGCAACAAGUUGAUGGUGACAAUAGUGUAUGACAAGGACUCAGGCAGGUCUAGAGGCUUUGGAUUUGUUAAUUUCUCCAAGGAAGAUGAUGCCAAGUCUGUAAAAGAUGCUAUGGAUGGAAAGGCAUUGAUGGGUCGGCCGCUGAGGAUUAGUUUUGCUCUUGAAAGAGUUCGGGGAGGGCAUGUAGUUGUUCCUCGCCUUCCAGGCUUUGGAGAUGGUGGUAAUGGCUCAGAGUUGAGAUCAUAUGGUAAUGUGUACUUGUAAGUCUGUAACAGAUUGCAGACGAAAACUUUCUUAAUUGUGAAAACCACACAUUGUGUCACUAUAGAGUUUCUUCAUAGGAAGUCAACUUCUAGUCUUAGCAUCACUGUGAGUUGAGCUUGAGUAUGCAUUAUGCAAUUUGGUUUAUUGAAAAUUCAGAUUCAGGUUAACCUAAGAAGUUUGGAGGAAGAAACAAAGGCCAAGUGCUAAAAUUUGUGCAAGUUGGAAGAAGAUGGAUUAGUUCAUGAGGAAACUUCUCCUUUUAAGUGUUAUACCAACGCCUUCAACUCAGAAAAGUUGGAGUUUGGCUUCCAUUUCUUUCUUUAAUACAUCUUGGCUAUCACAGAAAAGUUGACUUCUCCUUUUAGUUCAUGAGGAAGAACAUAACAUACACUGAGGAGAUUGAGCUCAAGAUUAUAUUGCAGACCGAGCAUGCCUCAGCUAUACUCUUUGGAAAUUUUUUGAUCAUUGGAAGAUUGAACAAAUAAAGAUUGUCAUUGUUAUUUUGUUAUUCCAUUUUUACAAGAGAUGAAAUUUUGUAACUUCUGAGAAAGAAAGGGAUUCUGUAACUCAUCAUUGACAUG